CAGAGCGGCUGCCCGACCAACUAACGAAGCGGUCGAUAUACGAACGAACCAACCGGUCGUUACACUACAUUGCUACUUUCAGGCAGCUUCAAAUUGUUAUUCUGCCGGUAUCCUUCGUUGUGCGAAGACGUAGCGGCUUUUUGUACCGGCAUCACCAGCACAGUUGCUAAUUCGUGGUUGUAGUGAAAAUUACUCAAGUGUACCAGACGUUGCUUUUCAGUUUUACGGGCGUAACACUUCUGUAAAUCAGUGUUCGGCCUAGUGACACAGAUGGAGACUCCCAAAUAUCAUCAGGGCUCGCUGGAAACAUACGACUAUGUGGCAGUUGGGAUAUACUACGUUGUGGUCCUCACUGUCAGCGUUUAUUCGGCAUGUCGCGCAAACCGGAACACCCUCAGCGGCUACUUUCUGGCUGGGCGAUAUAUGCACUGGUUUCCGGUUGGUGCCUCCUUAUUCGCCAGCAACAUCGGCAGCGAGCACUUCAUAGGUCUGGCUGGUUCCGGCGCCGCGGCUGGAAUUGCUGUCGGCGCCUUUGAACUCAAUGCUCUAAUAUUACUUCAGGUGCUAGGGUGGAUCUUUCUUCCCGUGUUCAUCGCGAGUGGGGUGUGCACAUUGCCAGAGUACAUGAUGAAGAGGUUUGGUGGAACACGAAUUCGAGUGUUUCUAGCAUCCCUGUCCCUCAUUCUUUACAUCUUCACCAAGAUAUCGGUUAACAUCUACAGUGGAUCUCUCUUCAUACAGCAAGCUGUGGGCUGGAACAUAUGGUACAGCAUCUUGUUGCUGCUAUGCCUAACAUACAUUUGCUCUGCUAUUGGUGGUCUAGCUGCAGUUAUUUAUAUGGAAACUGUGCAGUUUUUCAUCAUUAUAGCUGGAUCUCUCAUUGUCAUGGUAACAGGCUUUAUGGCAGUAGGAGGUUGGAAUGAACUGACAGUACGUUACCUACAAGCUGUACCAAAUGAUACAUUUCCAAACACAACUUGUGGUAUUCCACGUCAAGACUCAUGGAUUAUGUUACGAAACCCCAUAAAUUCUGACAUGCCAUGGCCAGGUUUCCUCCUUGGACAGACACCAUCCUCUAUCUGGUACUGGUGUGCUGACCAGCUUAUGGUGCAGAGAACUCUAGCUGCCAAGUCUUUGUCGCAUGCUCAGGGAGGUACACUUCUAGCUGGUUACAUCAAGAUUCUUCCCGUCUUCAUCAUGGUCCUGCCGGGUAUGAUCAGCCGGGUCCUGUUCCCUGAUGAGAUUGCCUGUGUAAAACCAGAAAUCUGCGAGAAAGUAUGUGGUAACCCUGUGAGCUGUUCUAACAGUGCCUAUCCUCAUCUUGUACUGGGUAUAUUGCCAUCAGGUCUACGUGGAGUGAUGCUAGCAGUCAUGUUGGCAGCGUUGAUGUCUGACCUUAGUUCCGUUUUCAACAGUGCAAGUACGCUCUUCACAAUGGACAUGUGGAAGCGAGCAAGGAAACAGGCAACCACCAAGGAGCUUCUCAUUGUCAGCAAAAUCUUUACAGCAGUUUUGGUUGUUAUAUCCAUCAUCUGGAUUCCAAUCAUUCAGAAGACACAGGGUGGUCAGUUGUAUAUCUACAUUCAAUCAAUCGGUGCAUACCUGGCUCCUCCCAUUGCUGCUAUCUACUGUCUUGCUCUAACAUGGUCACGCGUGAAUGAACAGGGUGCCUUCUGGGGUCUGGUAAUUGGCCUUUUUAUUGGAUUUACUCGCAUGGCAUUGGACUUCUCUUUCCCAGAACCUCGCUGCUAUGAAGAAGAUACUCGACCACUCAUCAUUUCAAAGGUGCAUUACAUGUACUUUGCAAUGUUACUCUUCUGGACAACACUGCUGUUGGUCAUAGCUAUCAGUUUAUUCACAAAGCCAACUCCAGAAUAUAGGUUGAUACGAACAACAUACCGCACACGUUUUGAUCAGCGUAAGAGAAAGGAUGAUGAUCAACCAUUGAGGGCUGAAGAAUUGGAACUCAUGAUGGCUGCACGACGGAAGGCCGCUGAGAAUGAAAUUGAUGGGGAUGUAAAUAAGCUUCCUGAUAAGAGCUGUGAGAAACCAAAUCUCUUACUGCGACUCUUCCGACGGGUGUGUGGUGUUGAGACUAAGCCAGAGAUAGAACGCAGGAUUGCAAGAGACGCUCAAGAUCGCUUGGAUCAGGAAAGAGACCCUGAGAGGGAACAGAGACUCACAAGAGAAGCUGAAGACCAAUUAAGAUUGAAGAAGAUCAACUCCCUGGAACAGACACCACGAGAGAAAUGUAUUCUCAAUACGUGCCUGGCAGUAAUCAUAAUGGUGGCAGUUGGACUCUAUGCCUUCUUUUCAGUCAGCCCACUGUCAGCAGAGGAGACUGAAUACCUGAGGAUGGAAGCUUUCAACCACUCUCUGUAUCAUGGUAACUCCACCAGCUAGAAAACAUAAAUUCAUAAUACUUCUGUUGUGCAUCCAUAUGGAUGAUCACAACCAGAUUGGUAAAUAAUCCUUCAGUUUGUUCGUUUAUGCUGAACCAGAGAUGAGUUACCUAGUUAUAAGUAUACAGUUGUUUGAAGGUAACUACAAAAGGCAAACAGAAGGAGAAAAUUUGUUCAUUGUUAUGGUACAUGUUUAGAAAAUGUUUUAUAUUCCAUUUAGAUGUAGACUGUGUGAGUUGCUAUAUUGUUUGCUUCUUCUUUCCAUAAAAGUAAUAAAACUGCAAGAAUACUAUAGAAUUGAAUUGUUAAGAAAUGCAUUUUAAUUGUAGUACAGAACUGCUAUCAUAGCUUAGAACUGACUGGGAAAACAACAGGCAUCUGAAAAGUAUGUAUGUACUGUUUUUAAAAAAUAUGUCUCUUUUAAUAAAGACUUUUGUAUGCUUGCACAUAUGCCUAACUAUAAUUAUCUUUUUCACAGAUGUCAUGAUCCAAAUUGUUUUGUAUUUUAUAUUUGGACAUUUGUCAUGCAUAGCAAGUACACUGUUAAAAUUCUGUAAAUGAAAUAAAUAUGUAAUGUUCAACCUCCUCACAUUUCACUCCAGCAUAAA